GCUUUUAUUAUCCCUCGCAAAUCUUACUUAAUAAGCCACAGCACUCGCCCUCGGAAAAUGGUAUUUACAGCAAGAGAAAAAUAAUAAAACAGUAAGAGUUGGGCUGUCAAAAGAAGGGUGUAAUUAAAUCCCGUACUAAACAGCCGGACCAUUAUGGUGUUGAAAGCAAUAAAUGAUAAGUAGACAGGAGAGACUAGAGAGAUCUGAAUCUCAUCUGUUGCUUUCUUAUAUGUUCUUGCUCGGGUGAUAAAAUGACACCUUAGACGGAAUUGACAGAGAUGGGGAAGCCAGGCAAAUGGCUUAGAAGUUUCUUGACAGGGAAGAAAGACAAGGAGAAGGAAAAGGGUACAAGUAAUCAGAAUUCCACACCUAGUAUUGAGAAUCCGGUGACUCCAAUUUCGAUCCCACCAACUACUGCGAAAGAAAAAAGAAGAUGGAGUUUUCGCAGAUCAUCGGCCACAGCAGCUGCUCCCAAGGACUCGAAUUAUACAGAACCAACUGCCACCACACAACCAGCUGCAGUGCAGGACACGUUCGAUUCAGAGAAUGAACAGAAAAUGCACGCCAUGGCUAUCGCAAACAAAGAGGCUAAAGCCAUAAAAAUUCAAUCAGUCUUUCGAUCUUAUCUGGCAAGAAAAGCAUUGCGUGCAUUAAAAGGCUUAGUGAAGUUGCAGGCACUUGUAAGGGGUCACCUGGUGAGGAAACAGGCAACUGCCACUCUCCGGUGCAUGCAGGCAUUGGUGAAUGUACAGACUAGAGCUCGGGCUCAGAGGAUCUGGAUGAAUGAAGACGUAAAUCCCAGCCAGAGGCAAUCAAUCCACAGAAAAUCGACUCAGGAGAACAGGAUUAGGCACACAAAUUAUGAGAAUGAAAGAGUCAUGGAGGAGAACAUCAAGAUUGUGGAGAUGGAUGUUGGAGAAUCAAAGGGAAGUAUAAAGAGCAGAAAUAGCUACUCACACCAUCCACAAACAGAUCGAGCAGAGCACAGAUUCUCCACACAUUCUGCCCCAAAUCAUGCAUACUCGAAGCAAGAGAACUACCAGGUCUCUCCAGCUCCAUCAGCUCUAACAGAUAUGAGCCCCAGAGCCUGCAGUGGGCAUUUUGAGGACUAUUCCUUUAGCACAGCACAAAGCAGUCCCCAGUACUACUCUACAGUGUCAAAACCUGAUCCAUCAACAAUUCCAUUUGCCUUUCCAAGGCCAGAGUACGCAGAAUCCCUGUCCUAUGACUACCCAUUAUUUCCAAAUUACAUGGCAAACACGGAAUCAUCCAGGGCCAAACUUCGGUCACAUAGUGCACCGAAACAAAGGCCAGACUCAUUUGAGAGGCAACCAAGCCGGAGGAAGGUAUCGAUAGAGGGAAGGAAUGUCCCAAGGGCAGUGCGGAUGCAGCGGUCAUCUUCUCAUGUUGGAGCCACUGCUCAAAACUAUCAAUAUCCAUGGUCAAUUAAGCUUGACAGAUCAUCCGUUUCACUUAAAGACAGUGAGUGCGAAUCCAACAGUACGAUGCUCACGAACACGAAUUACUGCAGAUCUCUUGUUGGAUUUGAAGUUCAUCGAAAUAGGUACUAACAGUGCACUAGCCAGCCAUUGCUACUCAGUAUGUUGUGUGCCCCCAAUAAAAUAACACAUGCAAAUACUAUGCAAGGAAGAAACUGAAGAAAUGUUCUACGCAGAAAGCUGCUGGAUUGUUGUACAACUUUUAAUUCCUCUUCACUGUAGUGUCAAGGUGGAGUAAAGUGUCGGAAACCCCUGUAUGUAGAGUCGUCUUCCUUUUUCUGUUUUUUCCAUGAACGUGUUCCUUAAUCCUUAGAAGGCAAAGACACCUAACGUGCAAGCAUUGCAAAUUAAAUGCUGGGAGUGGGACACUCAGUUUAACUUUUUUAAUUAUAAUGUUAAUGUGUUCAUAGAAAUUUAUUUGAGAGUGAAUUCUUUUUUCCCCCA